ACAAGGCCACAACGGCCAGCAAAAUGCUUACCGUCGCUGCUCGAGAUCCCUCUGCAGGCCAUCUGGUUGAGUCAUUUCCUCGAACAGCUUCGGCGCGCUUGUAAGAGCGGAGCCAAUGAAAACCAAAAAAUUGGCUCUCACAUUCGCGGACAGAUGCCGGAACAUCUUGGCGGCGAACUGGCAAGCACACCUGAAUACCAUCAAAGCCGACGCGAAAGGAAGCAAGGACGAUAUAUACUCGUCCAAGGUUCACUACAUGAUCAUGCAGGGCAAGCCGUACCUCUGGGUGCAAGAAGGCGACAUACACAACAUGAACGCUAUAAUCGAUGAACGUGCUUCUCUUUCUGUGAGCAGCAUCGUUCCAGGUCCUCUCAUGGGCUUGCUUAGAUCUGUUAAGAAGUUUCCAGCUCGAGUUGCUUUGGCAGGUGAUAUCAGACUUCUUAAAGACGAUAAGGUCCAGGUUGUCACAGAAAGCCUAGCAGAAUCUGUUGUAUCGGAACAUGAAACAGUUGACCAAGCUAGUUAUGCAGUUUCAGCCAUAAUAAGUUCUGCCACUACCAGUUGCAGAUCGAGAAUUGAGAAUCUCGAUUGGAUACUGAAGGAAAGUAGCAACUACAAUGUUUAUAAAUUCAAUAUCAGAUCAUGCUCUUAUGUUGAUGGCAGUGGUGGCACUCAUGAUGUUGAACCGAAUGAGGUUAAGGCACCUGAAGCAGAUCUCUUAAUGCCAUUUUCUGAACAGCUAGUUGAUGGAAUCAACCAAAGUCAAAUAAGACGCAGAGCACUGAUGCUAUUCUGUCUUGAGUAUUAUAAAGUAACUGCAAGAGAUGCUUUACUGCUUUCUGUUGACCACAAUGGAUUUGAUGUCCUCGCCAAGGUCCUUGAAACAGUGAAUAACAGUACCUCAAAUCAGCAGUAUCAUUGGAAGGAGUUCAGAUUCAACUUUAAAGAAAAAGCACAAGAUGUCGAAUCUUUCUGCCGCAAGCUGGUUGAGUUGGAGGAGGAAGCUCUUGAAAGGGUUAAAAGUUACAGCGGUCUAGGUUGAAUCCUACACUAUCAUGAAGCUGGUUAUCUCUGUUGGCUAAUCAUCACAGUUUCCCUGGUUCCUUGAAAAGCUUUAAGCUUUAAACUUUAACCGGAAGCACAACUUUCUUUGUUGAUAAAAAGGAAGAAUUACCAGAUGACUACUGGUGGCCAUCAAAGUUGAGAUGUUGCAAGAAAGUUACUGCCACCAAAAGAUGAUAAUUAUGUUGGUAGAUGGAAAGGACCACAUGUACGCUGGAAGCAAUACAAUGUUUGCAUCUUUUGUCACUCUCAUUUAUUCGGUCUCGUCAUGUGCAACAAUCUGAAUAUUGAAUAAUUGGAACCAAUUAGAAUGUUUAUCAUUGUCAA